UCCUGUGGUCUGUGGAGAGUGACUCCCCUCUUCCCCAAAGGCUGCCCCUCAUUAGCAUGAGAGAGGGUGGGGGUGUGGAGAAGGGGUGGGGGAGAGAAAGAGCCCCAGCCCAGGCUCUGCGGCAGCUACGAAUAUGACAGCUAGAGCUUUCUGGCUCCUCUGUUUGCUCGUCGGCUCAUCUCCCGAAGCCCCGGUGGCCGAGAGAAAAGCAUCGCCGCCGCCCAGCAGGAAGCCGACUCCCGGCGGCGGCGCCCGGGCGGAGGAGCCGCUCCCCGCAGUCGCGCGCCCGCCACACGCAGCCGAAGCGGGGGCCCGCGCCUGGUCCGACCCGCGGCACCGGAAGUCCCCGGAGCCGUCAGAGAACCGCGCCGGCUUCCGGGAGGCCCCGCGCCCGCCCGCCCGGCCGCCUAGCCCGCGCCUCAGGCAGGCCGAGAACCGCCCGUCACCCCGCCGCGGGCCCACGCCGGAGGACGACCCGCGACGCGCGCGCACCCGCGACCUGCGUUUCCCGGCCGCGCGCCCCGCCGAAGCUCCCGGCCGUCCGGCCCACCCAAACCGCGCGCGCGCCGCCGCGCCACCCCCGACACCCGCGCCGCCACGGCCCAGCGCUCAGCCCGCGGAGGGAGAGCACGCCGCCCAGCACUGCGCAUGCGCCGGUGACCUGGACGAGCGCGAAGCCUACUGCGCCAGCGAGUUCGCUGUGAACGGAAUCGUGCACGACGUGGAUGAGCUGGGCUCCGGGAUUCGCCUGGUGACUCUGCUGGUGGACCGGCACGGGCUGUACAAGAUGAGCCGCCUGUACAUCACUCCCGACGGCUUUUUCUCCAGAGUUCACGUACUAGCCCUAGACUUCUCCAGUUGCAUUAAGCCAUGUCCAGAACUGAAACCCGGCAGCAGGUCCAUUGUGAUGGGACACAUCUACCAUAAGCGGCGGCAGCUGCCCACAGCGCUGCUGCAGGUGCUGAGAGGGCGGGUCCGGCCAGGAGACGGACUUCUCCUUCUCGGGAGUAGCGGCAGCUACGCGAGAAGAUUCAACCGGAAAAGGGACGGGCGAGUUCAAGGAGCAGUUCACACGCAGUGCCCUUGAAAAGCACCAUCCCCGGGCCGGAGGUAGCGCAGCGGGUCAAGCGCAGGUGGCGCAAACUGCAAGGACUGGCUCAAGGAUCCCAGUUCGAGCCCCUGACUCCCCACCUGCAGGUGAAGCAGGUCUGCAGGUGUCUGUCUUUCUCUCCCCUUCUCUGUCUUCCCCUCCUCUCUCCAUUUCUCUCUGUCCUAUCCAACAACAGCUAUAACAACAACGACAACCACAAAAAUGGGAAAAAUGGUCUCCAGGAGCAGUGGAUUUGCAGUGCAGGUGUCGAGCCCCAGCGAUAUCCCUGGAGGCAAAGAAAGAAAGGAAGGGAGGAAGGGAGGAAGGAAGGAAGGAAGGAAGGAAGGAAGGAAGGAAGAAAGAAAGAAAGAAAGGAAGAGAAAGAAAAGGGCCAUCCUGGCAUUUCUGAGUCAUAGGAGACUUGAAGUCAGUGAGCACAAGGAAGAUCUCUCUUCACACGAGGGGAUCUUCCCUAGGACAAGGCACGCAGCUCCUUUGUGACCUAGUUUCACAGUUCUGACUCCCGUCAGGAAGAUGUCACUUUCUCUUUACCCAAUAAGCCUCGCACAUGCUUCCCUAGCGGUUACUCCUUAUUAGCGUGUUAUUCUCACGACUCAAUGCACAGACCUGUCCAGAUGACAGAUCACUGCUUCAUGUUGGUUAUUUUAAUUACUGUAACUUAAAUACAUGCUUCAGUACAAACGAUUCACACACACACACACAAAGGAAACUGCUUAACUUUAUGCUACUCGGAGUCGUAUAUCAAACCAAAUUUUAUAUUCAAAACAUCAUCAUUUUAAAUUCUGUAUAUAACAGUCCACUAGUCAAAGACAUGAAAGAAAUGUACCUUAAGUCAAACACAAGGGUCAAAACUAUGAAGAUUAAAGUCUUACACUGAAAGAUCACUAAAGGACAUAAUUCAAGAACAAUACCAUCUAGAUGAGGAUUCCUGUGUACCAAAUGCAUUAACAGUGUAUUUCCAGGCUCCCCUGAUCCUAAAAACAUAUGUUUUGUGCCAAACUGCAAGCUUAAAAUAUUCUGGGUGUAUCUGAUGCCAUUUUUCUAUUAAGACUAAGUAUCAUGUUUGUAUUUGUAAAGCAGUAAAUCUUGCCUUGAAAUCAGA